AGUAGUGGAUAAGAAGCAAGAAGUGUAGCACUUGUUGUGGCAGUUGAUCUGUCAGCGCGAUAAAAAUACAAACGUACAUGUAUUUAUCCACAUACAUAUGUACUAUAUGUAGUUGUUGUUGGAGAGAUAUAAUUUUAAUUUAAUUCUUCUUGCCUAAUUAAACUGAUUAACCGAAAAUUCACGGGUGGAGAAAGCAGUUAAGCCGUUUUUUUUCUUCUUUCAAUAUUUUUACAAAAAUAAAUAUACAUACGUUUGUAUAUGUACGAGUAUAACUGUAUGUACGUGAAAUCCGUAUUUUAAUGGAUUCUUACCGAAUCAUUGGAGCUUGCAAACGAAAGAACAGUGAAAAGUGAUAUGCUAACAUCCUCUACCGUGGAACGCUGCUAAUCUUCGGUGGAUAUUAUCUAGCGAUAAGAGCAUCUUUUAUCAGCUUAGUCAAAUGUUAAUGUAUGUGCGUGCGUGUGCACAAAAAUUUGCGAUGUUGACAGUAUUUACGAUUUGAGCUGCUGCCGUUGUUGCUGCUGUGAAAGCGCGCACACACACAAACACACACACUUAAAUAGCACCUCUUCUGGGUAGCCAGGCAAACCUCACAUACAUACAUUUAAGUACAUACGGACGAAUAUUUAGCAACAACAAUACAAAUUGGAAGAAAACACAAAGGCAUAAACAGAGGAAGCAGAAUCUAUAUAACACCCUCUGUCGCGCGACUCUGCAGCAUUACAAAGUUACAAGUUAAUUCCCGUUAUAUGUAUAUUAAGUGUAUAAAUUUUUUACAUACAAACAUUGUUUUUGUUCGUGUUUUGUUGGAGCAAAUCCACGCAUUCAAUUGGAUGUAUCCCACAUUGUGGCAGCAAUGAGUAUACCGGCGCGCGGCAAAUGGACUUCAGCGACUGCUGUGGCGACAGCGGGCGUACAGCGCAGGCGUGUGAUCAACAAACACAUUCAACAGAAGUAUCUGUUAUGUGGGUUUGCCAUACAUGCCUUCCUCGCCACUCCUGCCUAUCUCUAUGGCAAUAUAGUCGAAUCGGAUAAGGAUUUGGUGUUGCGCAUCUGGCCUGCCAUUGUUUAUCAGGCCACCGGUCAGAUUUGUCGCUCGAUUUUGGAACAUCUCGAUACCGAAUAUCGAGGUCGUCAACGUGAGACCACCGAAUAUCGUCGGUUUUUUCUUUGCGCAACACUAACCACAUGCCUAUCGCUUAUGAUUAGCGGUAUAUUUUUCUCCUCGGCGUGGUUUAUUAUUUCUACAACAACACAAGCGGUGGCUAUAGUGUUCUAUGGAAUCUUUGCGGGAAUCGGUUCAAGUCUCUUCAUCUGGAAGACCCACGUCAUUUUGGAGGCGGUACGUCCACGGGAGGAUAAAUUCGUACGCAAAACUAUACACCUGUGCGGUGAAGCUUUCUGUCAGCUUUUUCUCUCAUUUGUCUUCACCAGUUUGCGUACACUUUACGGCACAGCGCAAUCUAUAGUUCUCAUGUCCGCCUUGUUGGUGAAUCUUAUACCAAUCAGUUUGAUUAUCACACGUCAUCGUGAAGGUUCCAUAACCAAACGUAUAUCUAUGAUUACCGCGGAGAGCGCUUUUCCGCCACUGCAUCACCAACUGGGUGCCUUCCCAACCAGCAUUGCGGACCAAAUCGAUGGCAUUGAUGGGCAAUUGCCACGCGCGUGGAAAAAUCCGCUGCGUGAACAACAUCCUGCCACCGCUACAGCUGCGCUCUUUGCCGCAGCAGCAGCAGAAGCGCGCAACAAUUACAUGUUGGCUGCGGAUGAAGCGUAUGUGACCUUUGUUAAUCCGAAUGGAGUAGAAAUUAUGGAAAUAAUACCCGAAGAGGAUGAGAAUGUGUCAAUGAUGCGCGGUAGUUCGGCAACGAUCGGAAAGAGUCACUCAAGCGUUGCAGCAUCACAAAAAAUACAUCCAAAUGCCUCUUCGAAUGGGCUCCAGCAGCUGGAUGAGGCUGCAAGUAGUGGUGGUAAAGCUGAUGUGGCGGGAUCCGGAAAUUUGUAUAAAUUCCAACGUUUGUCACGCAAUGUUACAACACAUAUAUGGAAAAGUUUGGAGGAAAAGACUUUACUGCCGCUACAGCGUGCGUUGUUGGUGCCCAGGCUCUAUUCCACAACUCUGCUCAUGUCGGCAGACAUCUUUUCCUAUGUAAUGUGUCUAACGGUGCUGCCUGGACUGGCGGUGAGCCAGCAUGCAAUCAAAAAUGCAGAAAUACCAUUUCUCUUUUCAUUGCUGGCCUUUCCAUGGAUGUGCUUCUCGCUGAUGACACCGCGUUUCGGCAGCAGCCUAUAUAAACGUAAAAUCGAAUGGCAUACGUUGGGCAGCGUUUGCAAAGCGUUAGCGCUGAUUCUUAUCAGCUUCUCCACUUCAAAGCUGCAGCUGAGCGUAUCAUCCGUCCUACUUGGCUUUGGACAGGCCGUAACACUCUUCCUGCAGGAUGUCGUCUUUCAACGCAGCAUGCCACGCGCCCAAUGGACUGCCAUACGCUAUCCGGUGCACUUCACCAAUGGCCUACUAAUGUUUGUGUGGGGCGCUCUGGCUCAUUGGGUGGUGGUGCAUUUUUCCUUCCAGGCCAGUGUCGGUUUGGCGAGCAUGGUUUACGUUGCGAGCAUGUUGAUAUGGAAUAUGAUUUUCAUUUGCUGUAACACUAGAGAUUAAAAAACAUCCAAGAGAUCUUUUGGUAUUCCGAUAAAUAAUCGGCAUCAAACAUAAGCACUUGUAUAAAAUUGUUAAAACUAAAUUUUUUCAAAAUUAAAAUACCUUGUAAAGCUUUAGGUAACAUAGAAGUAUUCGAAACUUAGGUGAAUGAAUUAUUUGUUGCCUGUUUAAAUGGCGAAAAAAUUAUAAAUAA